UUCGUCAAGACCCUCACGGGGAAGACGAUCACCCUCGAGGUGGAGUCUUCCGACACCAUCGACAAUGUCAAGGCCAAAAUCCAGGACAAGGAGGGCAUCCCCCCUGACCAGCAGCGCCUGAUCUUCGCCGGCAAGCAGCUCGAGGACGGCCGCACUCUUUCGGACUACAACAUCCAGAAGGAGUCCACCCUCCACCUUGUUCUCCGUCUCCGUGGCGGUAUCAUCGAGCCCUCGCUCAAA